UUUUCCACAGGCACUAUUGACCAUGGGAUCCGCAAUGUCUAUCUCGCUCCGCAAGAAGGCAGUCCUCUUCAAAGAUGGGCCGGACACUGUGGGCCACUUGAUGGAGGUCCAGACCGGUAAGAGCGCAAAAGACAAGACUCUGAAGCGCUACUCGCCAUGGAGGCGGAUUGUGAAGAAGAAGGGCUCCAAGAAGGUGCAGGCCCACGAGAACACCAACCAAAGCAACAUUGCCCAUCUGAGUAAUGAGAACCGGGAGAAGUCUCAGUCCUUCUCCAACCUGUCCACCGUCUGCCUGGAGAAGUCUCAGUCCUGUGACAAGCUGUCCACCCAGGACCAGAGCACUCCAGCCAUCUCCAACAGCUCUAACAACGCCGCCACGUCGGUCGAGAAGGCCCCCUUAUCGAACUCAAACACGGCCCCAGACACGCCCCAGCUGGUGACCGUCCAGGACCUCGACACGCCCAGGAGGCUGGUGAUGGUCCACGCUACAACCGGCGAGCUGCUGCGCUGCCUGGGUGAGUUCCUGUGCCGGCGCUGCCACCGGCUCCAGGACAUGUCUUCCAUGGACCCGGUGCUGUGGCUGCGGGUGGUGGACCGUUAUCUGCUGGACAACUGCUAUCAGAACCAGAGCUGCAUCAAUCCGGCCACUGUGGUCUUCCUCUACAUGCUGUGCCAAGAGGCGGUUUCCUCCGAGGUGGCCACCUUGCACGAGCUGCAUGCCGUGCUGCUCACCUGCUUCUACACGACCUGCUCCUACAUGGGCAACGAGAUCGCCUACCCCCUGAAACCCUUCCUGGUGGACACCUGCCAGCAGACCUUCUGGAUCCGCUGCAUGUCCAUCACCAAGCUGAUGAGUGACAAGAUGCUCCAGAUGAACACAGACCCUAACUUCUUCUCCCAGGUGUUUGCUGACCUGAAGAACGAGAGCCAGAAGGAGGAGAAGAAGAGCCGCCUGCUCAGCGGUGUGUACAGCAUUCAGUGA